CUCCACCCCCUGCUGCUCUCACACACCUCAUGUAUCCUCCUCAUCCUCAGGUCUUGAACCUCUUCUUGGCGUUGCUCCUGAGCUCCUUCUGCGCAGACAACCUCUCAUCUCCGGACGAGGACGGCGAAAUGAACAACCUGCAGAUCGCCAUCGCUCGCAUCCAGCGCGGGAUGCAGUGGCUCCGGCAGGCGCUCUGCGACUUCUUCAACGGGAACUUCAAGCGGCGCCGGCAGAAGGCCAAGGAGGCCAAAGCCAUGCUGAAGCUGAAGAGACUGAGCCAGCAGACGCACUGGGCCGAGGGCAACGGGACAGCCGUCAUCGAGCGUGCCUCCGAGGACGACAGCUACAUGACCAACCCCAACCUCACCAUCAGCGUCCCCAUCGCGCCCGGAGAGUCCGACCUGGAGUUCCCCGAGGAAGAGGAGGAGGAGGAGGAGGAAGAUGAGGCCAGCGAGAGCGAGGAGGAGGAGCAAGAGGAGACCAAACCGAGAGAUGACACCAGCCUAUCAGAGGGCAGCACGAUCGACCUCAGGAAACCCGGCGAGGAGGAGGAUGAAUACUCUGAGACGGCCGAAGAGGCCAUGGAACCGGAAAACUGCUUUCCUGACUACGUCAGAGUCACGUGUGUCGGUCACGAUCCUCCUGUUUACCCUCGUUCUGAAGUGCAGGCAUUUGAAGACAUUUACAUUGAACAAAGGAAAGUGGUCAAAGUGGUGCUUGAAUACGCAGACAAGAUCUUCACCUACAUCUUCAUCUUGGAAAUGAGUCUGAAGUGGAUCGCCUAUGGUUUCAGGAAAUACUUCACCAACUACUGGUGCUGGCUGGACUUUCUCAUUGUGGCUGUGUCAGUGAUUGGUCUGGUGGCACGUGUGGUCAAUUAUGAUCAGAUUGACUCCAUGCGGGUUCUGCGGACGCUCCGGGCGCUGCGGCCUCUUCGCGCCUUAUCUAAAACUGAGACCAUAAAAUAUGUGGUGGUGAACGCUCUGAUCGGCGCGAUCCCGUCCAUCAUGAACGUGCUGCUGGUGUGUCUGAUCUUCUGGCUCAUCUUCAGCAUCAUGGGAGUCAACCUGUUCGCCGGGAAGUUCGGCCGCUGCGUCAACCGCACCGGCUUCAUCUUCAACGCCUCCUUCAUCAACAACAAGAGCGAGUGCUUGGAGAUGAACAGCACGCAGUACUACUGGACCAAAGUCAAGGUCAACUUCGACAACGUGGGCGCCGGGUACCUCUCGCUGCUGCAAGUGGCCACGUUCAAGGGCUGGAUGGAGAUCAUGUACGCCGCGGUCGACUCACGAUCCGUGGAAGAGCAGCCCAUUAAAGAGAACAGCCUGUACAUGUACCUGUACUUCGUCAUCUUCAUCAUCUUCGGCUCCUUCUUCACACUCAAUCUCUUCAUCGGUGUCAUCAUUGACAAUUUCAACCAACAGAAGCGAAAGUUAGGAGGACAGGACAUCUUCAUGACAGAAGAACAGAAGAAAUAUUAUAACGCCAUGAAGAAACUGGGAUCCAAGAAACCUCAGAAACCCAUCCCAAGACCUACUAACUCGAUCCAAGGAUUCUUCUUCGACUUGGUGUCCAAACAAGCCUUUGACAUCAUCAUAAUGCUGCUGAUCAUCCUCAACAUGGUGACGAUGAUGGUGGAGACGGACGAGCAGUCUGCCAGCAUCGAGUAUAUACUCUACUACAUCAACCUGGCCUUCAUCGUCAUCUUCACCACCGAGUGCAUCAUCAAGCUCAUCGCGCUGCGCUGCUACUUCUUCACCGUCAGCUGGAACAUCUUUGACUUUGUGGACUUAUAA